AUGAAUGGUAAUCGUUCAAAUCAGAUUUCAAGAAAAAAUGCCUCAGAGAUCAACAUACUAUCGGUUACUAGUGAUAUACAGCAUGGCCAAGGUAGCCAAGAUGCUAUCAAAUUAUGUGCCAAAAAUGGAGCAUUGAUGAGACGAGUGAAACGAGGAAAAAUUGGGCAAGCCAAAUCGGUAUUUUUUGUUAAUGGGAAUAGGCAAUUUCAAUAUCAUACGCUUGGCUAUUCGAAAAUCAUUUCACCGAGGCAAAAAACAGUAGAAGUUGAUCAGUUAGUGGAAGUAUGCAUUGGUUUUGGUACCGAUCAAUUGCAAAAAGCAUCAGAAAGAAUUUCAUUUCGACGAAUUGCACCGGAAGAAUAUUGCAUCUCUGUGAUUGUUCGGCAGUAUGGGAAAAAUAAACGAAGGAUGAUCGAUUUUAUUGCUGCAAAUUCGAGAGAUAAGGAAGUAUUUGCUGAUGCAUUACGGUGUAUUAUAGGCGAGAAAGAGACUAAAUUGAUGGAAUUCAACGAGAAACAAUGGAUCAUUGAUAAGUUUUAUGCAACAGACGUAAAAUCAAACAGCUCACGAAAAGAUGGCACUUUAUCAGCGAAUGAUUUGAAAAAUUUUUUGAUCUAUAAGCAAAAGUUCAAAGGUAUUGACAACAAUAUUGCAACCUCUAUCAUAAAUGAAAUUAUUAUUAAAUUAGGCACCUAUCGAAUAGAGAAACCAGCAAAUUUAUUGGGACCAUUUGAUUUUCGAUAUUUAUUACGUUCGCGUUGGGGUAAUAUUUUAAAAUGUGGACAUGAAAAUAUCUUUCAAGAGUUAGAUCAACCAUUGUCUCAUUAUUAUAUUAAUUCAAGUCAUAAUAUCUAUUUGGUUGGUACCCAAAUAAAUGGUGAAGCAAUCAUUGAAGGUUACAUUAAUGCUAUCCGGAAAGGAGCUCGAUUACUUGAAUCAUGGAUAUAUUUAGUAGAUGUAUUGGAUGGUGCACACGGUGAACCAUGUAUACGACAUCGUGGGACACUGAUAACAUCGAGAUAUUUAAAGGAUGCUCUUACAGUUAUCAAAAAUUAUGCCUUCCGAUAUACACCAUAUCCACUUAUUCUUACAAUUGAAAAUUAUUGUAGCUUGGAACAACAACAAAUUAUGGCUAGGAAUUUUGUUGAGGUUCUCGAUAACAAUAUUUAUUUGACACCUAAAAAUGAAUCGUUGAUAAGAUUACCAUCACCUAAUCAACUCAAAUACAAGUAUCUUUUGCGUGGCAAAAUAGGAUCUGUCAUAAGUAAACGAUAUGUGAACAGUAAGUACGAUAAGGAUGAUAAAGUAGCAGAAACGGAAUUACUUGUUCAUCCGGAAUUAUCAAGAUUAAUAUCGAUAAUUCAUGUUAAAUCAUCAAACAAUUUGCGCGAUGAUAAACAUUCAGCAAAUUGUUCGAUAUCGAUUUCGGAAACAAAAAUAAGAAAAUUAAUGGAAAUUAGUGAAACAUUUACCGUUUACACUUCAAAACAUUUUGUGAAAUCAUAUCCGAAAGGUUUGCGACAAAAUUCCAGCAAUUUUUGUCCCAUUCAAUCAUGGAUUUUUGGCAUACAAUCAGUUUCUCUUAAUAUGCAAACAAAUGGCAAAGAAUUGGAUCUUAAUUCGGGAUUGUUUCGAAUAAAUGGAAAUUGCGGUUAUGUCCUAAAACCGCCCAUUCUAAUACGCGGCUUAG